AUGCCUCUCCACGAUGUCGAGAUCGAGUCUAUCCCAACGACGCUUCAGUAUCCCUCGACGAAACCCAUCACAACGCGAACCCCCGAUUCAAUACCAAACCUUGCCGAUUCGAACUACGACUACGAUACCACCACCUUCGAACAAUACAGCAUAUACCCUUCAUAUCAACGACACAACGCGUCACGAAUGCAUGAUACUUGCUUCCUGUCAACGAAAGCGAACAAACCCCUUUUCAGUCUAGAUGCUCGCCUGGCACAACUCUCUCCCAGAAUAAGUGAUCUACCACACCAAGGCUCAUACCUCCACCAUCUAUCUACCUUGGCCAAGCCAUCCCGUAUGCACCAUAAUCCGGACAAGUCAGAGAUGGCGAAGUCAUUCCAAGCAAUAGAAGACUCCUUGCUUGUGAUCGGAUGGAUAAUGCAUGCUGCCCUAUCUCUGCACAUCAUGAUGACUACAGUGCAAAACAACUAA